AUGGGCGCCGCCCGCGAUGCGGAGCAGCAGCCGGGGCCACCGGGCGAGGAGGGCCUGGGCGGCGCCGAGGAACAGCUGGUCAGCACGAGCCCCUGGAACAUCAUGAUCAAGCACCGGCAGGUGCAGCGGCGCGGCCGGCGCUCCCAGAUGACCACCAGCUUCACGGAUCCAGCCGUGUCCAUGGACCUGCUGCGAGCUGUCCUGCAGCCCAGCAUCAACGAGGAAAUCCGGGGUGUCUUCAACAAGUACAUGAAGUUUUUCCAGAAGGCAGCGAUCAACGUGCGCGAUAAUGUUGGGGAGGAGGUGGACCCAGAGCAGCUCAUCCAGGAGACCUGCCGGAGCUGCCUGGAGCAGGCCAAACUGCUGUUCUCUGAUGGCAAAAAGGUUGUUCCCAGGUUGCCCCACGAGCAGGCAGUACCAAAGCGUGCCCGACAGGUGGAUGAGGAGCUUAAUCGUCGAGGGAGCCCUGUUCCCAAAAAGAGAAAGGGGCGGCCUCCAGGACAGAGCCUGUCGAACGAUCGUGGGGUCUCAGGCAUGGCUGCGUGGAAGCUCAAAGUCUCUGAGCCCGUGAGAAGGGAUGGACCAAAGUGGGAUCCAUCCCGACUGACUGAAACCACAACCUUUGUGCUGGGAUCUCGAGCAAACAAAGCUCUCGGGAUGGGAGGAACAAGAGGGCGACUCUACAUCAAGCAUCCCCACCUCUUUAAGUACGCAGCCGACCCGCAAGAUAAGCACUGGCUGGCAGAGCAGCAGCACAUGAGGGCCACUGGGGGAAAGAUGGCCUACCUCCUCAUCGAAGAGGACAUUCGGGAUCUGGCUGCCAGUGAUGAUUACAGGUGA